AUGUUCCAAUCCUUUUCAGCUCCAAAUUCUUGGUCAUCUAUUUCUAAUAGGUUUCCGAACGCAAAUUUGGUGAUUAAAUUGAGGGAGCUCCAUAAAGUGUUAAAAGUUUGGAAUCGCGAGAUUUUUGGCAAUUUGGAUAAUAAGCUGAUCGCUGUUCAGGUUGAUAUCACAGCCUUGGAAGCUUGCUCGGACCUUCAAUCCCUUAGUGAUGCCGAUAGUAUUAGGCUUGCAAGCCUUCGCUCAGAGUUUGAUCAGCUGUCAAAUCAUAUUGAGUCGCUCUGGCAUCAGAAAUCUAGACUUAAUUGGAAUUUGAAUGGAGACAGAAACACCAAGUAUUUUCAUAUGGUUGCUUCUAUCCAUUCAAAAAACAAUUUGAUUUCCGAGUUCCUUAUUGAUGGGGUUUGCUAUUCGCAGGCUGAACUUCUUUCGGCUCCAUUCUCUGAGGAUGAAAUAAUUUCAACUCUUAUGAGUUCUGCUGAUAAUAAAGCUCCGGGGCCAGAAGGCUUUAACUACUUCUUUUAUAAGAAGGUGUGGAAAUCUCUUAAGACAGAUUGUAUCUCCCUCUUUGAUGAGUUUUAUACUUUGGCUGCAUUUCCUAUAGGCUUUGGCUACGAAAGGAAAAAGUUUCUCUUAAAGCUAGAUUUUAGAAAAGCUUUUGACACUAUUUCUUGGCAAUUUAUUUUGCAAACACUUCAGAGGAUGAACUUUAAUAGUAAAUGGAUUAGUUGGAUUUCCGCUUGCUUUGAUUCCGCCCAGCUCUCUGUUCUUCUUAAUGGCUGUCCUACUGAUAAUUUCUUUAUGGAAAAAGGAGUUCGUCAAGGAGAUCCUAUUUCUCCUAUGCUUUUUGUCUUGGCUGUGGAGUGUUUGCGAGCAAUUUUUGCUAAAGCCUGCGCUUUGGGUUUGUUAUCCGGUAUUCACGUUGAUGGUUUGAUAGACGACCUUUUCAUUUUGCAGUUCGCAGCUGAUACUCUUUUAUUUAUCACUUGCGAUUUGAUGAUGGUGGAGAGUUUGUUACGUAUCCUGCGCUGGUUUGAGUUGAUCAUUUCUGGCCUGAAAAUCAAUUAUCAAAAGUCAUCCAUUAUUUGUAUAAACGUUGACGCAAAUUCUCAUUCUAGAGCAUCUGCAAUUCUGAACUGUAAAAUAGAGAAGCUGCCUAUCACCUAUCUAGGGCUACCGCUUUUUGAUAGAGCGGUGGGUUCAAAGCUUUGGGAUCCUGUUAUUUCUAAUUUUUCAGUUCAGCUGUCUAUAUGGAGAGGUAAUCUUUUGUCUCCUGCUGGAAGAUUAACUCUCAUUAAAUCCGUCUUGUGCAGUUUGCCAGUCUAUUUUCUUUGCACCUUUCGUAUUCCCCAGUCUGUGGUUGUUUCUCUUGAACGUAUCAUAAGAAGGUUUUUAUGGGCUGGUAAUUCUAAUAUUAAAGGUUUCAGCAAAGUGGCUUGGCCGGAUGUUUGCGUUCCUUAUUCUUCAGGUGGUCUUAGUAUAACUCCUUUGCGUACUAAGAAUUAUUGUUUAUUUUUGAAGUGGAUUUGGAAAUUAAUGUCUCCGGACAAAAACCCGAAUUGGUUUUCUGUGGUUUUGAGUAGUUCGUCUAUCAUCUCUUGGAUUGAUCUUGAUUCAGUAAAUGUCCUACGCCUCUCUCACAUUUGGAAACAUAAUUGGUUGGCUGCCGGUCCUCUUAAUCGUUCAUUCCCAGAUCUGUUCCUUCUUUCUCGAAGCAAGGAUGUUAUGGUUUCUGCAAUUUUCCAUAAUGAUCUGCAGCAGUUCACGGGUUUCUCCUGGUUUCGUCGCCUGCGCGUUGGCGAACAACAUCGGCUCUCUGAUCUGGUCCAGCAGCUCCCGCAAGCUUCAGCUCUUCUCAUUUCACCGGACAUGCCUGUUUGGGCCGGUUCAUUCCUUUCUGCUGCAUCAGAUUUGGAAGGAAACUAUUCCGCCUCGGAUUCAGUUUUUGUUUGGUUGCUAGUUAGAGAUCGUAUAUCUUCUAAAGCUACCUUGGCUUGGAGAGGGAUUCUUCAUUCUGAUUUAUCGUCUUGUUCAGUUUGUUCGGAGGAGGAAACAGGAAUUCAUAUUGUGUUGCACUGCAAUUUCGCUUGGAAUUUCUGGUCUAUUUUAUUAUCGAAGUGCAUCGUUAGUUGGGUUUUUCCGGGUUCUCUAGAUGAUUUCUACAGUCAGUGGGCUAGAAACAAUCGAGUCUUUAAAGAAGGCUCUCAAGACGUAAUUUCUUUGCUUUAUUUGAGUGUUAGCAAAGCGGUUGAGUUUCACAAGUCGCAGAAUCGAGGAUUUCCUUACACCGGCAAUGACCCAUUUUUGAAUCGAACUAUAUUUGUUGCCUCUCAUUCAUGUCACUUACAACUCAACAAAUUAGCUGACAUGCCAUUUUUGAAUCGAACUAUAUUUGUUGCCUCUCAUUCAUGUCACUUACAACUCAGCAACUUAGCUGACAUGGUAACAUCGCAAACCACUAACCCAACUUAA